AUGGUUCUUGCAGCCGUGGGGCAGCUCUGCGCGACGGCGAGCAUAACAUCCAAUCUAGCCCAAUGCCAGACAUUAAUCCGUAAGGCUGCAGCAGCGGGUGCUAAGGUCCUUUUCUUGCCUGAGGCAUCAGACUAUAUUGCGUCUUCCGCAGAGGAGUCCCUCGCCCUUGCCCAGUCACCGGACUGUGGUGAUUUUAUUUCGGCUCUACAACAAGCUGCAAGAGGAGAGAGCAUGCAUAUAAAUGUUGGCAUACACGAGAUGGCUUCUGAGAAUAGGCUCAAGAACUCCUUGGUCUGGAUUGAUGAUAAGGGAAUCAUCACCCAAAACUACCAGAAAGUCCAUCUAUUCGACGUUGAAAUCAAGGAUGGUCCCAUCUUAAAAGAGAGCAAGAACGUCGAACCUGGACAGAAAAUCCUUCCACCCUUUGAUACGCCGGUUGGACGUGUCGGUCUGGCCAUCUGCUUUGAUCUACGCUUCCCGGAAAUAAGCCUGGCGUUGCGGCGUCAAAAUGCGGAAGUCAUUACCUAUCCAUCUGCAUUCACAGUUCCAACAGGCAAAGCCCAUUGGGAAUCUCUGCUCAGAGCUAGAGCUAUUGAGACUCAGACUUACGUGAUAGCAGCUGCGCAAGGAGGCCUGCAUAAUGAGAAGAGGCGCAGCUAUGGCCACUCUAUGAUUGUUAACCCUUGGGGCGAGGUAGUAGCAGAAUUGGGUGAAGAGUACCCAGAACCGCAGAUUGCGACAGCGAAUAUUGACCUUGACCUGGUGUCGAAGAUUCGAAGGGAAAUGCCCCUACUCAGGAGGACCGAUAUCUACCCAGAGGUCUAA